GUUGAUGCCGAAUCCCUCACCAGAGCAGACAAUCGAACUGGCGAUUCGAACUCUACUGCACGCAUCACGACAAUGACCAUUGUCUAGGACGGUCAGCACAGCCAACGCACUGCGCAGUCUCGGCACCAGACACUCUUGGCGAAUCACAUGGCGGUGAAGUGGCCCAGCCCGACCCAUGACGUUCUGAGCCAAACCUGCAAGUUUACUGCACGUCACACGCUUGCAAGCCGUCCAAACCCUGAAGGCUUAUCCUCCUCUAUUCCUACAACACACACGAAUCCUUCCUCCACCUACAAUCCUUUCUACUGCACGAUAUUCGGUAGUAAUCAAGAUGGCGACCCGCAGAAACGGACCGAGCAAUCCCAAGGACGAGGCGCCGUUGCCUACGGGCAAGACGCAGGACAAGCAGGCCCGCCUCCUAGCUGAGGAGAACCCCGGCCACUUCUCGCUGGUGCGUGCGCUGCACCUCGCCGAUUUCAUCACGGAGCUCAAUGGCUUUUGCGGCGUAAUGUCCAUCUUCUCCUCGCUGCGCUACUGCAUCCAAUCCAACCCGUACGACCAUACCAACAUCUACUGGGCCCUUGGCUUCAUCCCGCUCGGCCUCUUCUUCGACUUCAUGGACGGCAAGGUAGCGCGCUGGCGCAAGAAGGCUUCGGUCAUGGGUCAAGAACUUGACUCGCUCGCGGACCUCAUAUCUUUCGGCGUAUCGCCCGCGGCCGCCGCCUUCGCAAUGGGCAUCCGCACGCCGCUCGACCACCUGAUGUUGGCCUUCUUCGUGCUCUGCGGUCUUACGCGCUUGGCAAGGUUCAAUGUUACAGUCGCCAUGGUGCCGAAGGAUGAGACGGGCAAGAGCAAGUACUUCGAGGGUACCCCGAUCCCCAUGUCGCUGGGCAUAGUGCAGAUCAUGGCGUACUGGGUGUACAAGGGCUGGACGCUUGAGCAGAUACCGCUGGGCCUGUGGCUGGAGGGAACUGCGCUCGAGUUCCACCCUGUUGUCUUCAUGUUCAUCUUGCACGGAUGCUUGAUGGUCAGUAAGACUAUUCACGUCCCUAAGCCGUAAGCGCGGAACGAAUGGGAUGCAAAUGGAGUUUGGCCGAAUAGGAGGGGCUGCGCUUGUUGCAAGUAGUGCACCUUUCAGUUGAGGCCCUCUGUUCCAACAUGAGGGACGACGACAAUACCAUAGCAGUCAGCUGCAGAGCAUGAUCCGAAAUCCAACAGUGAGGGGAAGCAAUGUUCUUCAAACCAAAGACAUGGUUCGCAAGGUGAUCAAAUAUGCUGUAAUCUUGUUUGGACGACCCAGCAUUUGCGGAGCUAAUAUUGUUGCUUCUACAGAGAAGAGG